UAAUCAAUGAUAUAACUCUUCGAUUCUACUAGCGAAUUUUGCCACACUUUCUCCCGUACGUGCCGUGUUUAAAGCUAUUGAUAGGGCCCUCUCCGAUACUUUUUGUUCGAAUGCCCCCUCUAAUAUUGUUCUUAUUGCUCCCCAUGUUUCUAAAUUUCGAUAUUUUGUUACUUCUAACGCAUUUCCUGUUAACUUAGAAGUAAUUAUUUUUAACAAUAUCGGUGUAUCUGCUUCCGUUGUCUCCUUAAUCGCGAUUUCACAAAUAUUUAUAAAUUCGGCUACGUCCUUUUUGCCCGUGUAAAUAGGUAUCAUAGCAAUUGCUUUAUCUAAAUCCAUUUUACUCAUUUUUUUCUUAACCACUGACUCUAACUGCACGUGAAUUACGCUUGAGUCUGACCUAGUACCUAAACGACCUACGGUUCGUUUUCGUGGCGCGGUACCUAUCUGUUCUGUUAAACUAUGUGUUCUUAUUAACUUUUCCUUAAUAGUUUUUUCAGUUUUAACUAUGUGUUUCCUAGUUUGUUCUAAAAAUUCUUUCUUUACAGCGUCUUUUAAAAUUGCCUCUUUUAACUCUUUCCUAGAUUUAUAUUUUUCAACUUUUAUUGAACUGUCCGCAGAACUAGUGUCAAUAUCUGAACUAUCGGAUUCUGACAUAUAUUUAUCUAAACAUUACAUAUAUAUAAUUUUUAAUAAAUUAUAUCUACUAAAUUUAUUAUUAUCCUAUCCGCGUGAGUAAUUACCAACAGUAUUUACUCUACAUGUAUAUACUAUUAUUGAUUUAUAAACUAAUAAUACGUAUCUACCGUCACCAAAAUUAAUAAUACGUAAAAAUUAUUACUUAUAAAAUAACUAUCAUGCACAAAUAAUAAAAAGAAAUUACGUAAACGCGCGUCGUACGUUGGAUAUGGAUGAGUACCUAUCUAAUAACACGUAAAACGUUCGACCGCCUAUGUUACGCGUGUUAAAUUUCGAUACGGUAUCCCCUCACCCGUUUCCCUCGCACUGUUCCGCGAUGUUUUUAUGCGUACGCGCUCGUACUACGCUCGAAUAUUAUAACAAAAAAAAAUCCCCGGUUAGCUACUCCGUAAAUCCCUCCAAUAAUAUUCGACUUCCUAUCCCUUAUUUUUCUUAUUACUAAUUUUUUCCUAAAUGAUUUAAUUUCCUAAUUUACGCGCUUUACCAUUUAAUCUUCUAUAAACACUAACAAUUUAUUUUUUUUUAAUAAUUAUUCUAUUAACUUAUUCUUAGUAACGUUAUACUAUUUUUUAUCCUAGGGCCCCUAUAAUUAAUUCCUUUUUUUCUAAAACUUUUCAAAAUUUGACGUCAAUUACUUUAACAAGGUCAUCUACUGCCUUUUAUUUCAAAAUCUAUUUUCUUUUAUUUCAAUUCAAAAUUCAACAUUUCACUUUAAUCAAUUAUUCUCAUAUUAUAUAAUUCAAAAAUGCUACGCGCGUGCAUCAAUUUUAUUUCCUAGAUCAGCCUAUCGCCGUCUACUUUAAUUUAUUAGAUCAGUCCCCGCUGUCUAUCACAAAAUACCAUAAAAUACUUAGGUCAGUCCCUGCUGCCUAUCACAAAAAAAAAUCUUAGAUCGGUUCUUGCCGUCUAUUUACCAUAAAAAUCCUAGAUCAGUCUACAGCUGUCUAUCAUAAAAUACGUAUAUAGUUCUUCCCAAGCUUGUUUCCUGUAUUUUUUUUUCUUUAUUUAUUUUUAUUCGAAUAUUUUUCCCUAAUAUUUUACACAACCACUAAGUAUAAAAUAAACGCUGACAUAUAUGAAUCAACGUGAGACGUGCACUUCAAGCUAUACAAUUUUAAUUUAAUCAUCUAUCUUCACUUAAUUAAUAUACUCACAACAACGCUGUCGCCACUGCUGUGUUCAUUUUCCUUGAUUGUCUGCUGGCCCGUCUUGAAUUGUUCGUUGAUUCCGGAGUCACCUUGGUUGAUCAGACCUUAACUGUUACCUCCGUGGAGCUGCUGACGUGGUGUAGUCGCUGCGUCGGUACUGGAUAUCCGAAGUUGAAUGUAGCCGCCUUGACUGCUGGACUCGCCUUUGGAAAUUUAAAUCCGCCGCUUCGACUGCUCGCCUCGUCUUUAACUCCUUGAACCUCCUUUGUUCGACUGCGCCAGUGUAAUAUCACAUCAACCUACCAAACCAAAUAAAAACCAAAAAUGAACGCCAUCAUGAAAAUUACAUUAGCCGCCGUUGCAGUUUUCGCGUCCGCCAUGAUGACCGCUUCUGCCAAACCAACUGAACUCGUGCCCGCCGCCGCCAUCGCUCCAGUGGCCGUUGCUACGCCAUACGCUAGCUCGUUCACGUCACACAGCGUGGCCCACAGCGUAGUCACCCCGGUCGUACCGGCCGCUCCGUACGUGGCCGCCGCUCCAUACGCCGCGGCACCAUACGUCGCUUCGCCUUACGCGGCCGCACCUUACGUCGCCGCGGCUCCUUACGUGGCCUCUCCUUACGCCGCGUCGCCAUACGGGGCCUCUCCUUACGGUUACUACCCGUACGCCGCUCCAGCUUACCUAUAAAGGACGUUCCGAACUAAGAUGACCACCGCACAGCAGUCUCCACGCGACAACGGACGAGAGACGACCGCAACAACAACUGCUAACGCCACUGAUUCUUUUCAUUUUUAUAAUAUUUAGAUCGUAUUUUUUAUACAAAUAUCGUACAGACGAUAUAAUAUUAUAUAAUUUGUAAACAUAAAAAACCGUAAAUGUCACGACGACACGAACAUAAUGUGUAUCGUGCGUGUAUAUACAUGCAAAAAUAUAAUGUAUCAAUAUUAUAAUAUAAUAUACCUAUAAUA